UCGUUACUCCUGCUUCCUUCUACUCAUCGUCUCUAACGACCUCUACGCUUCCGGACCUAGUCUCGCAAGAUGACAUCUUACCUGCGUACCUGGCUUACAUCACCCUUAAACUCUGCAGAGCCCGUGGUCCCGACGCUUACGAUCGUCUCAGAACCGCCACCCGAGAACGGUGACGACAGCGAUACGGAGACUGUACGCGGCGCAGACGAUGAUGAUGCUCCUCCUGCCUUUCCUGCUAUUAACAGUGCCCAACGGUUAAGCUCCGCGAGCUCGAAACCUGCCCCACUGCCUCGUAUCUUAAACGACUCCGAGCUGAUGCCGCCGCCGCCGCUUCCUAGCCUUGCUGCGCGACAGCCCGGCGUCCCGAUCGCGUCUAGUUCCUUGGUUGUGCCUUCGAGCGCGAAUAUGUUGGCGCCACCGCUCUCCACAACGAAAGCCCCUGCGAAGAAAUCUCGAAAGGUUGCGCUUGCUCCCGGACACGGUCCAUUGGAUUGGGCGAAUCUCAAGAAGUCCGGGAAGGAUCUGAGAGGCACCGACCAGCUGAUGCGCAUAACGCCAUCCAUACUGAAGCAACACAAUAAGAAAGACGAUGCAUGGUCUGCGUUCAACGGGAAAGUGUAUAAUAUCACGCACUACCUUCCGUACCACCCAGGGGGAGAGAAGGAACUUAUGCGUGUCGCUGGGCGAGAUGGUACCAGACUGUUCUCGUUGACUCACGCCUGGGUGAAUGUCGACUACAUGUUAGAUGGCUGUCUGGUUGGAUUUCUUGUUUCCGAGUCAUAGACAUCUGCCAUAGACAUUUCACAGCAAUCACGACACGAACGAUAGAGACAUGAUACAAUGUGGAAUAGAAUGUACACGAUCUCCAUUUGCAAUAAUUGCAAUAAUUCC